AUGAACUCUUCUCCCACCUGUACAUCUGGUCAGCAAGAAAAACAAAUCCAUCAACAAAAGAAUGCUUCCAAUUUAAUAACCAUUUGUCCUAAAAAACGUGUACCAACCGGUAGCCUCCAUGACUUGGAUGAGAUCCUUCUUCUUGGGGAUCCUCUUGAUAUCAAUCUUAAUGUCAGUGAGUGA